UAAUUAAAAAAUAUGUAAGGUGGUGUAUAUAAUCAUCUUCUAGACAAUUCAGAAAUGUGAAAACCAUGGCUGACUCCUCGCCUGAAGUGCGGUGUGCGUCUUAUCGCUCACUGGCGUGUUGUGGUUGGCUGCUAAUCUGUUUAUCUAAUCAGAUUCGGAGGUUACCGUUCUGUCUCAUUAACUUGCGGGAUAUUGAUCCUACCGCAUUGGCUUUUGCGGCGUCCCAUGGCUACGCUCCCAGAUGGAGAGGAAUGCACCAUUUGUUAUUUUUCUUUUUCAUAGCUCAUCAAUCGAUCCCGGCUCGUCUUGAGGUUGUUGCUUGUUUGAGCUUGCAGUAAAAAAUAGCUUUUGAAGGAGACAUGGAUUCCUGGAGAUACAGUUUAAAGUGUGUGGAGACACUGCUGAAAGUGAAAGUGUGUAAACAAACUAUCAAUGAUCAAAUGCAUCUCUGAUCUCAGCGGAAACUCCACAUUUUUCACGUAUUCAUAUUUUGGUAUCAUAAUUGCAUGUAAUCCUGGAAGACAUCAUUUCCCAUUCCAUUCCAGCUACUAAUUUAAUUGUAAUACUUGUAUAACUUACUGUCUCCCUCUGAUUGAAAAUUAGUAUUGGAAUUUAAUACAGUAAAAUAGUAUGUAAGGGAUGCAUGGCGAUAUGACACGGGACAAUUCGAUUACGAUUCAUAAAGGUUCAAAUACGAUGAUUUUCCCUCAUUACUAUAUGACAGCCGCUCGUAGCGGAACGAAAUUUAAGACAUGUCUGCCGCCCGGACACCUGCACAACGUUAUGAUGGAUGCUGCCGGUUACUGAGCAAGGGAUUUACUCCUUUUCAAAAGACUGGAAAAUAAAUUUGUGAGCGUUUUUAGAGCGAGAGUGGAAGCGAGCUAGUUUAUUCCUCCUUGCCUUUCAGAUGUCCAGCAGUAGUUUCAUGUCAUGUCAAUUGAAAAAUGUCCUGAGUGUGUUGCACACUGAGUGUGUAAGACCCGUGUGCAUCUAUAAGAGUGGCUGUUCAUCUCAAGCUCGGGUCCUCUACUAGAGGCCUGAGAGCUUGAGGGUCCUGCACAGUAUCUUUGCUGUUCCAAGGACUGGGCUCUUCUGGACGUAGAUGUCUGAUGUUUCACCAGGUAGCUGCUGGAGCCACUUCUCCAGUGUGGGGAAGACGGCCCCGAGUGCUCGUAUGACCACAGGUUCUAGUGUUGCUUUCACCUUCCAGACUUUUUCCAGCUCUUCCUUGAGCCCUUGCAGUAAUAAAACCUCUCCUUAAAAAAACCUAAUCUGGAUGCCUCAAAAUCAUUAGUAAUUACAGGCCAAUAUCAAAUCUGACAUUCCUGGGGAAAAUUAUCGAAAGGGUUGUGUUCGAACAGAUCCAGACUUUCAUGAUGCAAAACAAUCUUUUUGACUCAUUUCAGUCUGGAUUUCGGUCACAACACAGCACCGAGACCGUGCUUAUCAAAGUCCUAAAUGAUAUUCGUCGGAAUACCGAUGCAGGCAAAUCAUCUUUUCUGUUACUAUUGGAUCUCAGUGCCGCAUUCGACACGGUUGAUCACAACAUACUACUCAGCAGAUUGGAACAGUGGGUAGGGCUCACUGACACUAUACUUCAGUGGUUCACGUCCUAUUUACAUGAUAGGGAUUUCUUUGAGUCGGAAACCAUCAGUCAGAACGAACCAAAUUCACGUGUGGAGUCCCUCAAGGGUCAAUUUUUGGACCACUCUUAUUUAACAUCUACAUGCUUCCCUUAGCUUAGAUAAUGGAACAGUAUGACAUCUCCUAUCACGCCUGUGCAGAUGACACACAACUGUACAUUUCUGUGUCCCCACAUGAUUAUAGUCCCUUAGUCUCCCUGAGUAAAUGCAUUCAUCAAAUCAGUGAAUGGAUGUGCCAGAAUUUUCUCCAGUUAAAUGUGGAGAAGACAGAGGUGAUCAUUUUUGGGCCAAAAAAGGAAAGGUCAAAGAUAAGCAGGCAACUUAGCUCAAUGUCACUUACAGCUACAAAUCAAGUCAGAAACCUUGGCGUAAUUAUUGACUCAGACCUAAAAUUUGAUAGCCAUCUAAAGUCCGUCACCAAAUCUGCUUAUUACCACCUAAAAAAUAUAACCAGAACUAGGCCUGCAAGCAGGACUGAACGGGCCCUCGCAAUCUAGCGCAACUCGGACGUCACGCAACUCAGACAGUGUGCAGGUCAGGGUGGUGGCAGAUCCUCCUCUCUAAUCCUCUCAUUAGAACCUAACAUGCUCGAAAGUCGCCUCUUUACAUUCACACACCUAAGAGAUAAAAACCCCUUUUGGAGAGAGUACUACAAAAAAGGAGCCACUACUGAGCUGUGCAGCCAAGCCCUUAUUCAAAACCAAAAUGAAUCUUCUAACUGGGCCAAUUCGACCAUGUGUGCCAAAUUCUGUGGCUCUAUAAGCUGCCUGAGUCUCUGAAAGAAAAUAUUUCCAUUUAAUGGCGAACAAAGGGUCGUCACGGCAACAGACAGAGACAUGUGGACAUGGGCCAUAAAAUAAGUAUUUCAAAAGGUCUUGAAACUACAAUGACCAACCUGAAAAGAAUUGGACAUAUAUUAGAAAAAUGAGUGACUUUCUAUUGCCACUAGUUGGCGCUGUAGGGUUGAUGCAAAUGACCCCUACAGGACCCUUCAGAGUAUGACUCAACAAGCAUGAGAUGUUUGGCGCAGAUAUGUUGUAGAUCUUCCAAGUUAUGACUGUUCAAAAUUUGUGGUUAGACGAAAUGGCUUCAGUCAUGUUCACUUCUCCUGUUGGACCCUUCUGCUUCAACCAAACCUCAGUAUUUUUCAUCAGGCACCUGAACACAUGUCUUAUGGCACCCCUGAUGCAGGUUUCAGGUGAAUAUAUUUUUUUCCUUGGAGGAGGAGCCUGUUUAGUAAAAAAAGGCAUGUCCUGUUCCCACUAAGGGGGCGCUAGGCCUAAUGGGUAAUGUAUCAAUGCACUCGUGUUAAGGGUGGGAUCCCGCACAUACAUGCCAGAUAUGAAAAAGAUUGAGGAGGUAAGGAGCUUUUAGUCUUUUACUGAAUUUGUCAUUUUGCCAAAAAAAUGGCCGACUGUGGCACCACGCCCAGGUCAUACCCAUGAAUAAAAAUUCACCAUUUUGAAAAUUUUAGAUCUCCUAUGUCUCCUGAAUAGUCUCACCAAUUUUGAAGAUGAUCCAACUAACUCCCUCUGUGACAAGGUCUCAAAUGUGCACCUUGUUAAUUGAUAAAAAUUUCACAUUCGAUCCAAAAUACCCGAUUUCCUGUUGGGUUUGGAAUAUGGGUGCCAAUGCUUUUUUGGAGCAGUUUUGGACAAGGUAUAGAUUCCCCAAAUUUCAUUGCUCUACGCUGACAGACCCUAAUGUUAUAGGCGAAUUUUAACAUUUCAAGGGGGCGCCACUGAGCCAUUUUGAUAGAUUUUUUUGCAACAAUGCAAAAUUAUCGAAAUUUACAAUUUUCCGCACGUAUGUGGAAAUUUUGGUGACUUUUCGUGCAUGUUCAGGCCUCCAAAUUGGCCGUUUUCAUAUGCCCUGAAAAAAAAAAAAAAUAAUAAUAAUAACUAGGCCUGCAAGCAGGACUGAACGGGCCCUCGCAAUCUAGCGCAACUCGGACGUCACGCAACUCGGACUGUGUGCAGGUCAGGGUGGUGGCAGAUCCUCCUCUCUAAUCAUCUCAUUAGAACCUAACAAGCUCGAAAGUCGCCUCUUUACAUUCACACACCUAACAGAUAAAAAAAAUCUAUUGGAGAGAGUACUACAAAAAAAGAGGUACUACUGAGCUGUGCAGCCAAGCCCUUAUUCAAAAUCAAAAUUAAUAUUCUAACUGGGCCAAUUCGACCAAGUGUGUCAAAUAUUGUGGCUCUAUAAGCUGCCUGAGUCUCUGAAAAAAAAUAUUUCCUUUAAAUGACGAAUACAGGGUCGUCACGGCAACAGACAGAGACACGUGGACAUGGGCCGUGAAUAAGUAUUUUAAUAGGUCUUGAAACUACAAUGACCAACCUGAAAAGAACUGGACAUGUAUUGGAAAAACGAGUGACUUUCUAUUGCCACUAGUUGGCGCUGUAGGGUUGAUGCAAAUGACCCCUACAAGGCCCUUCAGGGUAUGACUCUCAACAAGCACGGGAAGUUUGGCGCAGAUAUGUUGUAUAUCUGCCGAGUUAUGACUGUUCAAAGUUUUUGGAGAGAAAAAUUGUUGACAGUCAUUUUCACUUUCCUGUUUGGACCCCUCCGCUUCAACGAAACUUCAAUAUUUUUCAUCAGGCACCUGAAGACAGGUCUUAAGGCUUCCCUUAUGCAGCUUUGAGGUAGAUUGAUUUUUUCCCUUUAGAGGAGGAGUGUGUCCCGUAAAAAAAGGGCAUUUCCUGUUCCCACUAGGAGGCGCCAAGCACAAAUGGUAAAUUUUCAAUCCAGUCCUGCUCAGGCUGGUAUACCUCACACACAUGCCAGAUUUAAAAUAGAUUGAACGUUGUAUGAGGGAGUUAUCAGUCAUUUUCCGAAUUCGGUGUUUUGGCGAAAAAAUGGCCGACUUUGACACCCCGCCCAGGUCAGGCCCGUGAAUGAAAACACACCAUUUUGAUAACUUAAGAUUUCAUAUGCCUCAUGAACAGUCUCGCCAAUUUUGAGAAUGAUCAAACUAAUUCCCUAGGUGCCAAGGUGUAAAAUGUGCACACUGUAAAUCGAUAAAAAAUUCACAUUCAAUCCAAAAUACCCGAUUUCCUGUUGGGUUUGGAAUACGCAUGCAAGAGACUUUUUGGAGCAGUUUUGUACAAGGUAUUGACUCUCCGAAUUUCAUCCCUCUACGUUGAAAAAACCUAAAUGGAGAGGCCUUUUUGAAAAUUUCAAGGGGGCGCCACUGAGCCAUUUUGCUACAUGUUUUCGUAACGUUGCAAGAUUAUUGAACGUUAUGCAAAGCCACAUGUAUGUUCAAAUUUUUGUGAGUUUUCGUGCAUGUUCAAGCCUCCAAAUGUAAACUCCUACUGUGAACCGAUAAAAAUUUCACAUUCGAUCCAAAAUACCCGAUUUCCUGUUGGAUUUGGAAUACGGGCGCAAGAGACUUUUUGGAGCAGUUUUGCACAAGGUAUCGACUCCCCAAAUUUCAUCACUCUAUGUUAAAAAAACCUAAUUGGAAACGCCUUUUUGAAAAAUUCAAGGGGGCACCACUGAGGCAUUUUGUUACAUUUUUUCGUAACAUUGCAAGAUUAUCGAACGUUAUCCAAAGCCGCAUGUAUGUGCAAAUUUUUACAAGUUUUUGUGCAUAUUCAAGCCUCCAAAUGUAAACUCCUACUGUGAACCCAUGAAAAUUUCACAUUCGAUCCAAAAUACCCGAUUUCCUGUUGGAUUUGGAAUACGGGUGCAAGAGACUUUUUGGAGCAGUUUUGCAUAAGGUAUCUACUCCCCAAAUUUCCACGCUCUAUGUUGAAAAAACCCAAUAGGAAAGGCCUUUUUUAAAACUUCUUUCUGUCGCCACUAGUUGGCACUGUAGAGUUGAUGCAAAUGACCCCUACAAGAACCUUCAGGGUAUGACUCUCAACAAACACGGGAAGUUUGGCGCAGAUAUGUUGUAUAUCUGCCGAGUUAUGACUGUUCAAAGUUUUUGGCGAGACAAAUUGUUGACGUUCAUUUUCACUUUCCUGUUUGGACCCCUCCGCCUCAACGAAACCUCAAUAUUUUUCAUCAGGCACCUGAACACAGGUCUUAAGGCUCCCCUGAUGCAGGUUUGAGGUCAACAGAUUUUUUUCCCUUGGAGGAGGAACCUGUCUCGUAAAAAAAGGCAUUUCCUGUUCUCACUAGGGGGCGCUAGACCUAAUGGGUAAUAUUUCAAUGCACUCGUGUUAAGGGUGGGAUACCACACAUACAUGCCAAAUAUGAAAAAGAUUGAACGUUGUGUCAAGGAACUAUUAGUCAUUUACUGAAUUUGUCAUUUUGCCGAAAAAAUGGCCGACUUUGGCACCACGCCCAGGUCAGACCCGUGAAUGAAAACGCACCAUUUUUAAAACUUAAGAUUUCAUAUGUCUCCUGAACAGUCUCACCCAUUUUGAAGAUGAUCCAACUAACUCCCUCGGCGAAAAGGUCUCAAAUGUGCACCCUGUAAAUCGAUAAAAAUUUCAUACUUGAUCCAAAAUAACCGAUUGCCUGUUGGGUUUGGAAUAUGUGUGUAAAUGCUUUUUUGGAGCGGUUUUGGACAAGGUAUAGACCCCCCAAAUUUCAUUGCUCUACGCUGACAGACCCUAAUGUUAUAGGCCAAUUUUAAAAUUUCAAGGGGGCGCCACUGAGCCAUUUUGUUAUAUCUUUUUGCAACGUUGCAAAAUUAUCGAAAUUUACAAUUUUCCGGACGUAUGUGCAAAUUUUGGUGACUUUUCGUGCAUGUUCAGGCCUCCAAAUUGGCCGUUUUCAUUUGCCCUGAAAAAAAAAAAAAAAAUUAAAAAAAAAAAAAAAAAAAAAAAUCCUUUGCAAAACAAUAGGGCCUUCGCACGCUUAGUGCUCGGGCCCUAAUAAAAAAAAAAAAAAUCCUUUGCAAAACAAUAGGGCCUUCGCACGCUUAGUGCUCAGGCCCUAAUUAAGGGGCUUCUGACUCAACAAGAAAUAGAAAAACUUAUGCAUGCAUUCAUUUUAAGCAGAUUGGACUAUUGCAACGGUAUAUUUACGGGUCUUGAUAAAAAAUCAGUCAGGAAGCUGCAGCUAGUACAGAAUGCUGCAGCCAGAGUCCUCACAAAUACAAGGAAGCUGGACCACAUUACACCGGUUUUGAAAUCGCUACACUGGCUUCCAGUGAGUCAAAGGAUAGACUAUAAAAUACUACUGCUCGUCUACAAAACAUUUAAUGGCCUUGGACCAAAAUACAUGCUUGAUUUGUUAGAUACCUAUGAGACAUCUAGACCCCUAAGGUCGUCUGGAACUGGUCUUCUGCAUGUUCCAAGAACAAGAACCAAGCAGGGUGAGGCAGCAUUUAGUCAUUAUGCUCCUCACCUCUGGAACAAGUUACCUGAACAUCUGAAGUAUGCUCAAACUGUUAGCUCUUUUAAAUCAGGGCUUAAAACGCUUUUGUUUAGCACUGCAUAUCCAUAACUGUCUAUAUAUUUCAAUCUACUUGCUUUCUAUUCCUCUUGUGCUUAUCUCCAUUGCUGAUUUCAACUAUUAUUUGUAGUUUUUGUUUUAUUUAUUUAUUUUUAUUCUAUUUGUUAUUAAAUGCGAUUUUUAUGUAUAAUUUUAUUUCCGAUUUUGAUUGUCUUGGUUUUUACGUUGUAUUGAUUUAAAUGUGAUUUUUAUGAUCUUCAUGUGAUGUAAAGCACUUUGAAUUGCCUUGUGUUGAAUUGUGCUAUAUAAAUAAAUUUGCCUUGCCUUGCCUUGCCCUUGGUAUUUAUCUCUUUUUCCUGAUAUUGCCAUCAUUGGGAAUGGCUACAUCGAUCCCAACUGCUGCCGUCUGCUGCUUAUCCAUGAUCACGAUGCCCAGUUGGUUGGCCACGACCAUCGUAUUAGUUUGUAUUUGGAAGUCCCACAGGAUCUUAGCCUCCUCACUUUCCACUACCUUGGGAGGUAUUUGCCAUUGCGAUCUAGGAGUCUCCAGUCCAUACUCUGCACCAAUCUUUCUGUGCACUAUACCGGCUACUUGGUUAUGGUGUUCCAUGUAUUCUUUUCCUGCCAGUAUCAUACACCCUGCUAUUUUGUGUUGUACUGUUUCAGGGGCCUCUUUGCACAGCCUGCACCUGGGAUCCUGCCUGGUGUGGUAUAUCUGGGCCUCUAUUGCUCUGGUCCUGCCCCUGUGGUGCCAUAAUUAGUUUGCUGUCUUCAGUUCAGCCCUCUUUAACCAUUGGUAGGAUUUGUUCAUAUCUGCCACCAUAAUUAGUUUGCUGUCUUCAGUUCAGCCCUCUCUAACCAUUGGUAGGAUUUGUUCAUGUCUGCCACUUCAGCUAUCUGUCAGCGGUACAUCCCAUGCAGGGGUUUUUCCUCCCAUGAUGGUUCCUCCAACUCCUCCUUUUCCAGUCUCCAAUGCCUGAGACAUUAACUAAGUGCUUCAUCAUUUGGGGCCAUCUUUGGGAUGUAUUUGUGGACCUUGGAUGUUUCCUUUUGGAUCGUGGUCCUGAUGUUCAUUAACCCUCAGCUUCCCUCCUUGCGCUUAUUGUAUAGCCUCUGGACACUGGAUAUGGGGUGGAACCCUCCGUGCAUGGUGAACAGAUUCCGUGUUUUCACAAUUUGUGGUAUGAACUUCCUUCUUUGGCCAGCUUAUUAUCCCAGCAGGGUAUCUGAUCGCUGGUAGGGCAUAGCUGUUAAUUACUCGGAUCUUGUUCUUGCCGUUGAGCAGACUUCUCAGGACCUACUGUACCUUACCCGUGCAGAUACAGAUACCAUUGCGGCUUUCCUUGUAGCCUCUUUUUUGUUGCCAUUUGCCUGUGGUAUUCCAAGGUACAUGUAGCUCACCUCAACAUCUACUAUCCUGCCCUCUUGGAGUGCAACACCCUCUGUCUGGACUACCUUCCUCUCUUUGUCACCAUCCGGCCACCAUUUCCCCAGUCCAAAUGACAUUCCAAUGUCCCAGCUGUAAAUCCUGGUGGUUUGGAUCAGUGAGUCAAUUGCCACGUUUACAUGGAGCCAAAUAUUCCAAUUACAAUCGGAAUAUUUGUUCAAACCGAAUAAAUGUGUUCCAUAUAAACACCUCAUUCGGAAUGAACAGGCCCAAACCGAAUGGAAUUUCAUUCCGAUUCAAAGGGGUGGAAUAUUCCUUUUCCCAAACCGAUUAGAAGUAAAAUUAUAUCAUGUAAACUGGGAAGCGGAAUGGUGUCUGGUUGCGUUCUUUCUGCGCAUGCUCCGUAUUGACGUGGUGACGUCACUUGGUGACGUAAGUAACGUCACUUGCAACAUGGCUUCCAAGCACACGCACAGCGCACCCACACAACUUUUUAAAUGAACGGCGUAUCAUUCUGAAGUUUUGUUUCCACUCGAAAAGUUAAAACAGCAGCUGAUCUGACGAUCGAUCUCCAUGUUUUGCAACGUGACACUUUGUUUUGAUUAAUCUGCGCAUGUCAGACGGCAGUUGUCAAACGUCCUUUCGGAAUAAAGGCAGUCACAUGUAAACGCUGGAUCGGAAUAGAUGAAGUGACAUGUAAACAGCUGAUGUGAAAUUUCCAUUCGGAAUGAUUUGAAUCGGUAUGAAUAAAAGUCAGCAUAUAAACGUGGCUAUGUAAACGCUGGAUCGGAAUAGAUGAAGUGACAUGUAAACAGCUGAUGUGAAAUUUCCAUUCGGAAUGAUUUGAAUCGGUAUGAAUAAAAGUCAGCAUGUAAACGUGGCUAAUGUCUCCCUCGGUCUUAGCAUACAGCUUGAUAUAUAUAUUCAUAUAAAAAUAGUGUAUGUAAUGAGGCUGACCUAGCUGUUUCCAACAAAUCUGUUACUAUGUAGAAUGUUCAAAUUAUUAACUUUUUUAAUUUUUUAAAAUUUUUUAUUUUAUUAAACGUGUUGUACGUAUCAAGUUCAAAAUGGGAGACUAUUUGAAGGGGGAAAAACAGUCACGUUAUUCAAUUUGAAAUUUAAAUUCAUGGAAGUGUAUUCAAUUGAAUAGAGCUUGAAAAGAAUUUGCCAAGUAUUGUAUUCUGGUUUUAUUAGCGCUGGGAAUUGAGGUUUGCGCCAAUACAUACUUUGUAUCUGCGUGAAAUUAGAACAGAUGCAAGUUUUUGUGUGAUUCCAUGCUGAGUUUGAAUUUUGAAUGAUGCCCUUUGAGCACUAAACACUUUUUUGUUCAAUCUAAUAAUGAAUAAUACAUAUUUGGUUUUACAAUUUUUAAACUAAGGGUCAAAAGUGUUGAUGUAGGAAGUGAGGAAUGUGUGUUCCUGCUAUAAUAUUUCUGGCAUAGUUAACAUCCUUUUUAAAAAAUCCCCUUUCAUCCCGUUGUGGCAUAUUACUGUCUCACACACACACAAACACAUGGCAUGCAGUAGAAGACUUGCAUGCUGUGCUUGCAUGGUUAUAAUGACGUCAUUGGACAAACAAAGGCGUACUCUGCAAAGAAAAGAAAGGUGCAGCAGCAGAUGGAUUGAAGAGGGCGGAAUCACUUGUGUCAACACGUAUGCGUAUAUAACAUACCGGGUUUCUUUUUAAGCAUGCGCGAACGCGUGUAAGCCCAUGUGCAGACACGUUGCUCAGGAAUGGAGCGCAGCCACGUAUGGUAAGAGGAUCAAUAGGUUUUAGCUGAGGGGAAAACGAAGGCACACAUCUUACACAGGGUCAGGACAUCCCACACAGGGAGGGGGAGGCAGAGAUGGUUCAUUGUUGUUGUUUUUUUCUCCUCCCUCUUUCUCUCCCUGCCCAUUUCCUUACUUUCCUCUGCGGGAUGUUGAGAAAGUAAACGAGAAAGAGCUAGCUGACAGAUUUGCAACAUGCUCGAUCACGCUAACGCCACUCCUCCUUCUCAUCAUCCCGCUGCUGCCGCGCUGCCCCCCAUCAGCUGUUCUCCGGAGGAAUGACUCCCUGAAGCCGGCUCACCAUGUGGAUGCGGGGCAGGCAUUUCCAGACCUUUGCUGGAAGAAUACCGAGGAAAAAAGGAGCAACGGUGGUGUCGGCCCAGAGGGCUUGGCGUGGGUGGACGCACUGCUGGGAGUCCAUACGCUGCAGUUUUUACACUGGGAUUUAAUUUGCCUUUUUAUAUAGUAGUUUUAUCAUUUUCAUGGAUUUAAUGGUGCUACUUUAUUUUUAAGUGUCCCCCCCCCAUUUACAAUCCAAGACUUCCAUUCAUACCUUUCUGCCAGACUGAACUGGUAUACUGCAGCAAGCAUGGGACACCACAGAUGAUACCGGUGCUUGCUCUUUGCCUGUGGAUAGAGUGCUUGAAUUCAAGCUUGAAAAGAGCUGAGUCAAACUCAGCAUGAAGCCUGGACUGUGUCCAGGUGUCUCCAGUGAUAGGACCAUGAAGCAUCUUAGCCACUUUCCCUUUAGAAGACACUCCUGGAUAUGUUUCGACGUGGACAAUGGAACAUCAUCAGGUCGCAGCCCGCUGGAUCCAAUGGCCAGCCCAGGAUCGGGCCUCAUCCUGCAGGCCAACUUUGUCCACAGCCAGCGGAGGGAGUCAUUCCUGUACCGCUCGGACAGCGACUACGACCUCUCGCCCAAGUCUAUGUCCCGAAACUCCUCCAUCGCCAGCGACAUCCAUGGUGACGACAUGAUUGUAACACCAUUUGCACAGGUGCUUGCAAGCCUAAGAACUGUACGGAAUAACUUUGGUGCAUUAACCAACCUGCAGCAAGACAGAGCGUCUAAUAAGAGAUCACCCAUGUGCAACCCACCGCCAAUCACCAAGACCACCUUUACAGAGGAGGCCUAUCAGAAACUGGCCACUGAGACUCUGGAGGAGCUGGACUGGUGCCUGGACCAGCUGGAGACCCUGCAAACCAGACACUCAGUCAGCGAGAUGGCCUCCAAUAAGUUCAAGAGGAUGUUGAACAGGGAGCUGACUCACCUCUCAGAGAUGAGUCGCUCUGGGAAUCAGGUGUCUGAGUUCAUCUCCAGCACCUUCCUAGACAAGCAGCAUGAGGUGGAGAUGCCAUCUCCUCAGUCUCAGAAGGAUAAGGAGAAGAAGAACAAGCCCAUGUCUCAGAUCAGUGGUGUAAAGAAGCUUCAGCACUCGUCCAGCCUCACCAACUCCAACAUCCCCCGUUUUGGCGUCAAGACAGAGACGGAAGAUGAGCUAGGCAAGGAGCUGGAACAUGUGAACAAAUGGGGCCUUAACGUGUUUAAGAUUUCGGAAUUCUCUGGAAAUCGGCCACUGACAGUCAUGAUGUAUACAAUAUUCCAGGAGCGAGACUUAUUAAAAACAUUUAAAAUUCCACUGGACACCUUUAUCACCUACCUGAUGACCUUAGAAGACCAUUAUCAUGGCGACGUGGCCUACCAUAACAACAUCCACGCUGCUGAUGUCACCCAGUCUACCCACGUGCUGCUAUCCACGCCAGCGCUUGAGGCAGUAUUCACAGACCUGGAGAUCCUGGCCGCCAUCUUCGCCAGCGCCAUACACGAUGUGGACCACCCGGGAGUGUCGAAUCAGUUCCUCAUCAACACCAACUCUGAGUUGGCGCUGAUGUACAACGAUGCAUCAGUGUUGGAGAACCACCACCUGGCAGUGGGCUUCAAGCUUUUACAGGAGGAAAACUGCGACAUCUUCCAGAACCUCACCAAAAAACAACGACAAUCACUGCGCAAAAUGGUCAUCGACAUUGUGUUGGCUACGGACAUGUCUAAGCACAUGAAUUUACUGGCUGACCUAAAAACUAUGGUGGAAACCAAAAAGGUGACCAGCUCAGGAGUCUUGCUGCUGGACAACUACUCAGACCGGAUACAGGUCCUGCAGAACAUGGUGCACUGUGCCGACCUGAGCAACCCCACCAAGCCUCUGCAACUGUACAGGCAGUGGACCGACCGUAUCAUGGAAGAAUUCUUCAGCCAAGGCGAUCGCGAGAGGGAGCGGGGCAUGGAAAUCAGCCCUAUGUGCGACAAACACAACGCCUCCGUGGAAAAGAGCCAGGUGGGUUUCAUUGACUACAUCGUGCACCCUCUGUGGGAGACGUGGGCCGACCUGGUGCAUCCGGACGCUCAGGACAUUUUGGACAUGCUGGAGGAUAACCGGGAAUGGUACCAAAGCACCAUCCCCCAGAGCCCCUCGCCCACCCUGGAUGAGCCCGAGGACGGCGGGCGUCACCCGGGUGGGGACAAGUUCCAGUUCGAGUUGACACUGGAGGAGGACGGGGAGUCGGACACAGAGAAGGACAGCGGCAGCCAGCCGGAAGAGGAGGAGGAGGAAGAUGAGGACGAGGAAGAAAACAGCUGUACGGACUCCAAAACACUCUGCACGCAGGACUCGGAAUGCACUGAAAUACCUUUGGAUGAGCAGGUGGCUGAGGAAGCAGAAGUAGCAGAGGAGGAGGAGGAGGAGGACACCCCCUGCUCACCAACGUGUGUUGUAGAGGAAGAAGAAGAGGUGAUAGAGGAGAAGGAAGAGCAAGAGGAGGAGGAGGAGGAGGAGGAGAAAGAAGUGAAAACCCCUGACACAUAACAGUUUAGGGUGUGGGGAACUGUUCUUCUUAGUAAUGAUUAUUUAUAGAAUUUUUUAUUUGGAGGUCAGCGGGGUUGUGGGUCUUUUUUAUUACUUGCCCUGUCCAGACACCCCUCUCAAAGCUCUUCUCGACUGUAUCACACAGGCAAAAACAUGUGGCUCAAAAACCAGGCGUGUACACUAGGCCAUUCGAACCAUGCUUGAGUCCAUUUGGCAUCUUAAAUCCAAAGUGUUUUCUGCUGAUGUGUGCGCAAUUUUAGUGCACUUCAAAACAGAGGUGUGCAGCUCUCACGUACGUUAAGCUGUCGCUCCACUCGCCAGGUGAUAACCAUCACUUUGCAAAACAAAAGUAAAAGUAAUUAGGAAAAAAACAUAUAAACAUACACAUAUUUGUGGUAAAAUAAUUAAUGUGAUCACUCCUCUGGCCAGUUGUUCCUAGUAUUUUUCAUCUUACACAUUAGAAAUAAACAAAAUGACAAGAAACAAUCAGUGUACACAUACAUGUGCAAUUUCAUAUGAUUAACACAGAUGGUCCACUUGACAGUUCCUCACAUUAACUAGCAACUUAAUAGAAAUUAACAUAAGACAUGUCAUGCAGAAAGAAAAACUUAACAACUUUAUUUCCAAUCCAUAGACAAAAAAAAAAAAUAAAAACCCUACUGAGCUAAAAGGGAGUGUCAAUUCCAGCACGGUUUCGAAUGGCCUUUGAGUUCAAAAGCCCAACAAUGGAGAACAGAACAGGCACAGCAAGCACACGGCCUCCUUUGAGCCUGAACAUGACAACCAAACGUCUGCUUCAAAUGUGCCCAAACAACAACACUCGCUCACUAUUUAUUUUUAUUUUACUCAGGAAAACUUUGUAUUCCUGUUCAAACUGAGGUGCCGUGUUUUCCCUUUCUGUUCUUCUCCUGCGUCUGAGAGGGUGUGUGUACGUGCGAUGGCCUUUAGAAACACAUUUCGGAUGUGGAAGUCUUCCUUGCAAAGCGGAGCGAUGCUGUCUUUUUGUCUUGUCGGCUUCAGAUAUUUUCUACUGAGCGAGUGUGAAUCUUGAGGUCUUGUUUUUUUGGGUGUUGUGUGGGUGGGACUCUUCUGAGGCAUUUGCACUUGCUCCGAUAGCAUUUAUACUCCUUACUAUAAUCCCACUCAGCUAACGUGCUAGGUUUUUUUUAAACAUUUUAUUUUGACCAUGGAGGAAGUGAACUUGGGGGAAAAAAAUAACUUGGAAAAAAAAAUAAGUUGGCGUGGGAUAAAGCCUUUAACUUUAUUGUUGCCUACAGUUCUUUUUGAACACAUCCUGAGACAAUGCAAUGCUUUGUAGUCCAUACAACAACAAAAAAGCACUUUUUCCCAUUUUAAUGAAUUAGAAUUCAACAUGACUAGUAACCAUUUUUAGCUUUUAGUAGAUUGAAUUAUUGUUUGUUUAGUCUUUUAUUGGUAUAUCUCUUCCCAUUUGUUUUCUCGUUUAUUCCACUGCAUUCAAUCCAGUGGCGUCUUCGUUUCUGGACAAGACAAUCAGUUGUGUCUGCUGCACUGACACCUUCACUUAUCACCUAUUUUAUCUCUUCAUUUUAUUAUAUUAUUCUUGUCUUCUUCACAUUUAAAAAAAAACUCAUUAUUUCUUUUUCCAUAUCAUUUUUCAUUUCAUUACAUAUUCAAUUUAUUGCUUUUAAUUUUUUUAAAUAUUUAUUUUUCUCUCAAUUUAUUUCAUUCAUUUGAUUAAAAAUAUAUUUAUAUUACAUACAUAUAAACAGUAAAGAAAAUAAACACCUUCCUAUUUUGCAAGUUCUCCCACUUAGAAAUCAUGAAGGGGUCUGAAAUUUUCAUCGGAGGUGCAUGUCCACUGUGAGAGAGAUGAUCUAAAAUGAAAAAUCCAGAAAUCACAAUGUAUAUUUUUUUAACGAUUUAUUUGUGUGAUACCGCUGCAAAUAAGUAUUUGAAUGCCUAAGAAAACAAAUGUUUUUGGUACAGUAGCCUUUGUUUGCAAUUACAGAGGUCAAACGUUUCCUAUAGUUUUUCACCAGGUUUGCACACAUUGGCCAGAUCUUGGCCCACCCAUCAGUCAGGUUAUUGGGCUGUUGCUGAAAAACAUGGAGUUUGAGCUCCCACCUAAGGUUUUCUUUUGGGGACUGGCUAAACCAUGCUAAAGCCUUGUUACACUUCUUACGGAGACACUCCUUGGUUUUCCUGGCUGUGUGCUUCAGGUCAUUGUCAUGUUGGAAGACCCAGGCACAACCAAUCUUCAAUGCUGUGACUGAAGGAAGAAGGUUGUUCACCAAAAUCUCACAAUACAGGGCCCCAGUCAUCCUCUCUAAUACAGUGCACUUGUCCUGCCUCAUGCGCAGAAAAACACCCCAAAGCAUGAUGCUAUCCCCCUGUGCUUCACAGUAGGCAUGUUGUUCUUGAGAUAGUAUUAAUCAUUUUUCCUCCAAACGUGGUUGGUGGAAUUAUAACCAUAAAGUUCCAUUUUACUCUCAUCUGACCACAAAACUUGGUCCCAUCACUCUUCUGCGUCAUCCAAAUGGUCAUAGGCAAACUGAAGAUGAGCCUUGAUAUGUGCUGGUUUAAACAGGGGAACCUUCCGUGCCUGCAUGAUUUCAAAUCAUGACGUCUAGUGCAUUACCAACAGUAACCUUGGAAACAGUGGUCCAAGCCUUUUUCAGGUCAUUGAACAACUACUGUCGUGCAGUUCUUGGCUGAUUCCUCACCUUUCUUAGGAUCAUUGAGACCCCACGAGGUGAUAUCUUAAAUGGGGCUCCACUCCGAUUGAGAUUGACAGUCAUGUUUAGCUUCUUCCAUUUUCUAAUGAUUGCUCCAACACUGGACCGUUUUUUCACUAAGGUGCUUGGCAAUUGCUCCGUAGCCCUUUCAUGCCUUGUGGAGAUGAACAAUUUUGUCUCUGGCGUCUUUGGACAGCUCUUUGGUCUUGACCAUGUUACACGUUUGAAUCUUAGAGAUUGUAUGGGGUGGACUGGUGAGUUUAUGGUGCAAUCGACCUCAGAUAAGUGCAUCAGAUUCAGGAUAACACAUGGAGUGGAGGUGGACUUUUAAUAGGCGGACUAACAGGUCUUUCAGGGUCACAAUUCUAGCUGGUAGACACGUGUUCAAAUACUUAUUUGCAACUGUAACACAAAUAAAUUGUUUAAAAAAUCAUGCAUUGUGAUUUCUGUUUUUGUCUUCUUAGAUUAUCUCUCACUCAGUGGACAUGCACCUACGAUGAAAAUUUCAGACUCCUCCAUGAUUUCUAAGUGGGAGAACUUGCAAAAUAGCAGGGUUUUCAAGUACUUUUUUUCUUCGCUGUAUUUAUAUAUAUAUAUAUAUAUAUAUAUAUAUAUAUAUAUUUUUUUUUUUUUUUUUUUUUUUUUUUUUUUAAUAUAUAUACUUUUAUAAAACAUUUGAUUUUCAUCCAAAUUGCUAACAUGUCUCACGUACUCAGUGUUUUAUUUAUUUACCAUUUUGUCCUAAUUUACACACAUUUAUGACUAGGUAUUAUAUAUUUUUUGUCUAUUUAAAUCAUAUUAAGGUGGUACAGUAAAUGGGUCACUGGAGCAUGGACAGACUUGCCAGUUCAAAAAUCCAAAUUUUACCCCCCCCCCCCCCCCCCUUCUUUGUGUACAUAAUAUAAACAACAGUUACCAAAAAAGGAAAAACACACUUGAAAACUGCACACUGAUUUCCUUUCAGUUUUCCCUCACUCUUUAUUUUUAUUUUAGUGCCAAAUUCUUUUCUCCCCCUCCCUUUUAUUGUCACGCUCACUUGACGCCCUUACAUGGAAUACGAUUUGUUUUUUGUUUUUAAUCGCUGUUUACAAACAUGAUAUUUAUUGUUGUGUAUAUACGAUAUAGUAGUUAAUAUUAUUAAUGUUAUUACUAUCAUAACGCCGUUUGUUGUAAAUGGUCGACUCUUAAUCAUCCCUUUUGGUGAUGGUGUGGCUGUAAUCAUGUACCUCUUGUUGAGAGAAUGUGUUUGAGAGAAAACAAAAAUAAUACGGUUUUUAAAAAUGGUUGCUUGGGUAGGGGAGGUAACCGAGGCGGGUAUGAGCCAAAUUGUUUUAUAAAUAAGCAACUGUUCCUUGGCCCAUGGGCUGUGCCUUAAAUUCAACACUCACUGACGCCCAUUUUUCUUUCCUCUCCUUCUGCUGCUGCAUUAGUGAUUUACGGUGGCCUACAAGGAUGGAAAACAAAUGUUCAUGCCGUGGUGGGGUUGGAAUCCUUGCACACGUCACGGUUACAAUGUCUGGAUAAAAAAAAUAGGACCGUAGUGUCAUCUUUUCCUUUAGGCUUUUACCUUUAGGGAUCGCCACAGUGACAGCCUUGAAUUUAAAAGAAGCUUAUGCUAUUUUUUAUAAUCACUUUUUUUUUGAAGACACCAAAAUUUGCAGAGACUGAUCCGACACAUUAAACAUACCGGUACAUAUUUUUCUUUUAAAUGUCAGAAAUAAAUAAAUAAGUAAAUAAAAUAAAAAAUCAACAGCUUUGUCAGUUUAAGGAGAAAAAAACUUUUUUUUUUUUUUCAAAAUUCAUCUGUUUUUCAUGAAAAACAAAAUCAUAAGUUUUACCACAAAUCAUUUACUACACUUUAAAAGAAUAUAUACAGUACUGGUAAAGAGUAUUGGUACCCCUGCAAUUCUGUCAGAUAAUACUCAAUUUCUCCCAGAAAAUGAUUGCAAUUACAAAUGCUUUAGUAGUAAUAUCUUCAUUUAUUUUGCUUGCAAUGAAAAAACACAAAAGAGAAUGGGGGGGGGAAAUUAAAUCAUUUUCAUUUUACACAAAACUCCCAAAAAUGGGCCGGACAAAAGUAUUGGCACCCGUUGAAAAAUCGUGGGAUGCUUCUAUAAUUUGUGUAAUUAACAGCACCCUUUACUUACCUGUGGCAUAUAACAGGUGGUGGAAAUGACUAAAUCAAACUUGAAGCCAGUUAAAAUGGGUUAAAUUUGACUCAACCUCUGUCCUGUGUCCUUGUGUGUACCACAUUGAGCAUGGAGAAAAAAACAGAAGACCAAAGCACUGUCUGAGUACUUGAGAAGCAAAAUUGUGAGGAAGCAUGGGCAAUCUCAAGGCUACAAGUCCACCUCCAAAGACCUUAAUGUUCCUGUGUCUACCGUGUGCAGUGUCAUCAAUAAGUGUAAAGCCCAUUGCACUGUGGCUAACCUCCCAAGAUGUGUAUAAGAGUGUCAACCCGUACUAUCCGUCGGCGUCUGAACUAAAAGGGACUCUAUGGUAGGAUAUCCAGGAAGACCCCACUUUUGACCCAGAGACAUAAAAAAGCCAGGCUGAAGUUUGCCAAAACUUGCCUGAGAAGACCAAAAACGUUUUGGAAAAAUGUUCUCUGGUCAGAUGAGACAAAAGUAGAGCUUUCUGGGAAAAGGCAUCAACAUAGAGUUAAAACGGGGAAAAAAACAAGGCCUUCAAAGAAAAGAACACGGUCCCCACACUCAAACAUGGCAGAGGUUCCCUGAUGUUUUAGGGUUGCUUUGCUACCUCUGGCACUGGACUACUUGACCGUGUGCAUGACCUUAUGAAGUCUGAAGACUACCAACAAAUUUUGCAGCAUAAUGUAGGGCCCAGUGCGAGACAGCUGGGUCCCCCUCAGAGGUCAUGGGUCUUCCAGCAGGACAAUGACCAAAACACACUUCAAAAAGCACUUGAAAAUGGUUUGAGAGAAAGGACUGGAGACUUAUCAAGUGGCCAGCAAUGAGUCCAGACCUGAAUCCCAUAGAAUACAUGUUGAGAGAUAUGAAAAUGGCAGUUUGGAGAACGCACCCUUCAAAUCUCAGAGACCUGGCGCAGUUGGCCAAAGAAGAAUGGUCUAAAAUUCCAGCAGAGCAGUGCAAAAAAAAAAAUUUUUUUUAAAGACAUUGGGAGUGGUUUUUCAGUUAUUUUGUCUAUCGGUUGUGCUAUUUGGCUGAGGGUGGCAAUACUUUUGUACGGCCCAUUUUUGGAGUUUUGUGUAAAAUGAUAAUGAUUUAAUUUUGUUUUUUCAUUCUCUUUUGUGUUUUUUCAUUGCAAGCAAAUUAAAUGAAGACAUGUACUUAGUACCAAAGCAUUUGUAACUGCAAUAAUUUUCUGGGAGAAAUUGAGCAUUUUCUGACAGAAUUGCAGGGGUGCCAAUACUUUUGGCCAGCAGUGUAUUAGGAUUUUAAAUUGACAUCACUCAAAUUCAGGACAAUACAGAAUUUGAAAAAUGAUCAAAUUCAACCCAAUACAGAUCAUUUCUGUACAACCAAAAGCAGUAUUGACUUUUCUCAACAGAACAAACUUUGUCAAAACAAAAUGAAUGAAAUAAUAGCAGCUAAACGAUGAAAACCAUUUUCAUCAAUAAAAUAUUGGAUCUUUCACAACAUGAGCAUUUGUUUUGAUUUUUGAUAGACGUGGGCCACCAUAACGAUUGCCUCACCUCUGUAUAAAUUGCCUUUUUGUUUCACUUUUGAAGCUAAACUUUUCUUCAAGAAAAGCACACCGGCUCAGUGACGCACACACAUACACACGCAGACGCACAUGGGUGCAUGUUCAGCCGCUGCUGCAUUAAAUUUGGCUGAAUAACUGACAAUGUAUGUGCGUGAGUCGCUAAGGGACACCUUCCUCGCUUCCCUUCCUGGCAAUAGAACCUGACACUCCGGCCAACAGAGACUCUUCUUUUGACACAUAUACUGUAGACGCUCAACAGCCCUGGUCCAAUGGAAACAGUCUGUUCCUCUUUUUUUGUGUUUUAUUUUUUAAUAGUAUGAAAGGAAAACACAAACUGUAACUUAAAAAAAAGAUGGGUAAAAAGAAAAAAGGUCUUCAGGACAAUUAUUUUUGAGGGUAUGUCUUUAGAAUGCCAACUUGUCUGAACGUUUCACAGGACAAUUCCAAAUGUUAUUUUAUUGGAAUCCUUGUUGAUUGCAGUCUAUUGGAUAGCACUGUAGAGCAUAUGACUUUAUGUAUAAAAAAUAAAAAUAAAAAAAACACAUGAAAAAGAACUUUCAAAAAGUUUUUAUAUGCAAUGGAUUAAAUAAAAGCAUGGGUUGAUUCUGCCUACUCUGGGUAUUCUACUUUUUUUUCUUAAA